CACAAUUUUUUCCAUUAAUAUCACCCACCUUCCCUAAAAAAACUCCACACACUUCCCCACUUUCUCAUGUCUUCGUAACAUCCGCACUACACAACACAUAUACAAAUAAUACUCACAUGUCACCUAUACAUACAAAACCGUGCAUAUUAGGGUUAGGGUUAGGGUUUUGAAUUUCCCAAUUUGACCAAAUGGAAUUCCAACAACAAAUUACAUCAGUUCACCACCAACCGCCACCGUCACCAACCACAACCACUAUAUCUAAUGAAAAUUUAUUAUUGUUAGAAAGCGAUAAAAUUAAUUAUAACGAAUUAGGUAAACCAGUAUCUGAAUCGAAUAAUCUAGAAACACAAUUAGAACAACCGCCUCUUGAAGACGAAAUUGCUCCUGCUGACGUGACGGAUGUUGAGAAGCCUGGUGGCGAACUCACUGAUUCUGUUGCAGGUGCUGACGUGGCAGAUGUGGAGAAGAGUGGUGGUGAAUUAACUGAUUCUGUUGCAGUUUCUGACGUAGCAGGUAUUGAGAAGGAUGUUGAUGGUAGUGAGUUACCGCAUUCCGUUGCAGGUGAUGACGUGGCAGGUGUGGAGAAGCACGAUGGUGGUGACGAGUUAAUGGAUUCCGUUGCAGGUGAUGACGUGGCAGCAAUGGAGAAGCAGGAUGGUGGUGACGAGUUAAUGGAUUCUGUUAAAGGUGAUGACUUGGCAGGUGUGGAGAAGCAGGAUGGUGGCGAUGAGUUAACUGAUUCUGUUGCAGGCGAUGACGUGGCUGGUGUGGAGAAGCAUGAUGAGGGUAAUUGUGAUGUAUUAACAGAUUCUGUUGCAGUUGUUGGUGAGCAUCAAGAAGUUAUGACUGAUUUUGAAAAUGUUGAAAUGGAGGAAGGUGUUGGGGUUAGAGAAGGUGUGACGGAAAACGAAGAGAAAGAAAAGAUGGAUAGACAUGUGGAGAGUGAUGAUGAUGAUGCUGACGAAGUAACCAUGUCUGAUGAUGAUGAUGAUGAGGAGGAGGAGGAGGAGGAGAAAGAGAAAGUGGAGAGAAAAACGCUGGUUAAACGACGUGGCAGGCCGUUGGGGACAAAGAAAAGAGGAGGAAAGACUCCAAAAGCUACACCAAAAUCGACUGGUCGUGUGAAGAUAGUUAAGGAGGAAGAGGAGGAUGUCUGUUUCCUUUGUUAUGAUGGUGGGGAGCUUGUGUUGUGUGAUAUGCGGAAUUGUCCUAAAGCGUAUCAUCUUUCGUGUAUUAACAGGGACGAGGCUUUUUUUCAGACUAAGGGGAAGUGGAAUUGUGGAUGGCACCUGUGUACUAUAUGUAUGAAGAAGGCUGAAUAUAUGUGCUAUACAUGCUCCUUCUCCUUGUGCAAAACAUGUAUAAAAAAUAAUGACAUACUGUGCAUCCGACAGAAAGAAAAGAAAGGCUUUUGCACGACUUGCAUGAAAACCAUAAUGGCUAUUGAAAAACAUGCACAGGAAGAUCAGGAAAAUAUUGACUUCGAUGACAAGAAUAGCUGGGAAUAUCUAUUCAAAGAUUACUGGUUAGAUAAAAAAUCAAAACUCAAUAUUUCGUUAGACGAGCUCGUUGAGGCUAAGAACGCUUGGAAGGAACCCGACCCAACUAGCAAAGCCGAACCACCUGCUGGACACUCAGAUGGUGGUUCAGGAUCAGAACAUCCUUCUGAAAACCUAGAAAGUCAAACAACGAAAACCAGAAGAAGAAAGUCAAAGAAGCAGAAGACUCAUGAUUCUGCUGUCAUUGCUUCCGAGGGGACUUCUGUGCCGAAAAACUCUAACUGGGCAUCAAAAGAACUUCUUGAAUUUGUUAUGCACAUGGGAUGUGACAAAUCAUCUCAAUCUGAAUUUGAUGUACAAGCUCUUCUGCUUGAAUACAUUAAAAUCAACAAACUCCGUGAUGCUCGACGUAAAAGCCAAAUUAUAUGUGAUUCAAGACUACAAAGACUUUUUGGUAAACCACGUGUAGGCCAUUUCGAGAUGUUAAAACUUCUUGAAUCUCAUUUUCUUAUUAAAGAAGAUGACGAUGUCAAGGGGAAUGUCGUUGACACUGAAGGCCCAGCAGACGAUGAUGAUACCGAAACAGUAGCAAAGGGGAGUAAAGAUAAGAAGCGUAAAAUCCGCAAGAAAGGUGACCGAGAACCUCAAUCCAACCGUGAGGAUUUUGCUGCAAUCGAUGCCCAUAAUAUAAACCUGAUUUACUUAAAACGGAAGUUGGCAGAGGAUUUACUCGAUGAUGUUGAAUUAUUUAAUAGCAAAGUUGUUGGUACUUUUGUCAGAAUAAGGAUAACGGGUGCUAAUCAAAAGCAUGAUCUAUAUAGAUUGGUUCAAGUUACAGGUACUACCAAAGGGGAACCCUACGAGGUUGGGAAAAAGAUGACUGAUACCAUUCUUGAAAUAUUGAAUCUUAAUAAAAAGGAAUACAUAACGAUUGAUACCAUUUCAAAUCAAGACUUCAUGGAGGAUGAAUGCCGACGUCUUCGACAGAGUAUUAAGUGCGGACUUAUAAAUAGGCUGACCGUGGGAGACGUUCUGGAUAAAGCCAUUGAACUUCAAGCAACCAGAGUGAAUGAUUGGCUUGAAGGGGAGGUUCUGCGGCUUAGUCAUCUUCGUGAUCGAGCUAGUGAUUUAGGGCGUAAGAAGGAGCUCAGAGAAUGCGUAGAGAAAUUACAGGUUUUAAAGACACCGGAAGAACGUACCCGCAGGAUACAAGAUAUUCCUGUAGUUCACGAUGAUCCUACUAUGGCUCCAAAUUAUGAAUCUGAAGAUAAUGCAGAUGAAGACAGCAAGAAACAAGAUAUUCACAAGAACACUGUCAGUUCCAGUUAUAGCAAAAGACGAGACUACCCCUCAAAAGAAUCUGGGAGAGGUACAGGUACAUCUAGAAGUUCUGGCAAGAACUAUGAGUUAAGUCGAAAUUUGUCGAGUAACAAAUUUUUGAACAAAGCUGAGGAUGUUACUUCCCCACGUUUAACACCACAUAAUGAAAAUCGGUGGGAUCAAGGAAGAGACAGAAGCGCCCAACCAUCGAGUGUCGUAAUACCAAGUUCGGCAAAUGAAAGAGAGAAAAAUGUAGCUUCAACAGAAGAUAUUUCUGAGAGUGGUCCAAAAGUAAAUGAAACAGACAAACUAUGGCAUUACAGGGAUCCAACUGGGAAGAUUCAAGGACCUUUUUCAAUGGCACAGUUGCGUAAAUGGAACAAUAGUAAUUUCUUUCCUGCGGAUUUGAGAAUUUGGAGAAAGAGUGAGAAGGAAGAUGAUGGUAUUCUUUUAACUGGUGCAUUAGAGGGACAGCUUCAUGUAAUGAUUCCAAAGCCUUCAUCUGAUGACAGACAUGGUUUCACAAACCUUCCUUCUCCUACUCCAAAUCAAAGCUUGGGACAUUUGGGCUCACCUGUGGGUCCUAAGGCAUUGGUGCAGACAGGCCAUAUGGUUUCAACUCCGGUUAUUAAUAUGCCUCCACAGAUGGUUCAAUCGCAUGCUGCUCAAAAUCCUCAUAGUUGGGUUGGUGGUCCAACCCACAAUCCACAGCCAAGCCCUGUGGCUGGACAACAGCUAACUUAUAAACAGUGGGUUAGUGGUCCAAACACUGCCCAGAAUUCUGCUGGAAACUUUUUACAGCAGCCACUGGCGCCAACUCAAACAACUGAGAGUUGGCCGAUAGUGUCUCAAAAUACAUCUAUGGGACUGGCAGGGACCAGUACAGUAAGUCAAAGCGUGAAUUGGGGAAGUCCACAACUAACAGUGAAUGUUGAUCCUUCAUGGGGUUUACAAUCAGGUUCUGGUAGUGUUCACCCAGGUUGGGCCCCUACACAACCGGUCCAAGGGGUCACGCCAAAUCAAGGCUGGGUUACUGGUGCCAGUUCUGGUCCAACCAACGGACCAAUAGUUUCUGGAAAUGGAAACUCUAGCUGGGUGGGACCAUCUUUUAAGCCUGGUGAAGCGGCAUCAGCUGGGAACCAGCUACCUGGUUCAGUUGGCGGACCUUAUCAGAGUUCAGGAUCUGGGAAUUCAAACCAAGGUUGGGGUUCACCAACAUCUAGAAAUCGAUCCAGAUGGGAUGGAAGUGAACGACAUCAACCCUACAACAGAAGCGGGGAUUCAGGAGAUAAGCGGACUAGAGACUCUCGAGGUGGAAGUUCCGACUCUCGUGAUAAUAGAAGGCAUUAUGACGAAUCACGAUCGUUCAAUAGUAGAAGACACUCGAGAGAUUCUGACAGAUAUUAUAAGCGUUAACGCGGUGGCCAUCUUACCCAUGGUAUGGAAUGGAUGCAAGUAUUGUACAGCUUUUCUGGGUAGAUGUCUUUCAGGUUCUUUUUUAGGCUGUAAUUCAAAACCAUCUGUCUUGAAACUUGUAGAACAUGUGCAGUGUAGCUGUGUAGAAAGUUACCUUAGUGUUGGUUUUCAGGUAAAUUAAGUUGGUAUGCAGACCCUUGCUGUUAUAGUUGGCUAUAUAUUUUACUAUAGUUAGAGUGCUCUGGUGAAUAAAA